AUGAAUUGUUUUGCUCCAUGUCCAGAAUUCACGCACCCAUGUAAUAUUCAAUGCCCGUUUGGUCUGAAAGUCGAUCCUUCGCCAUGUACGACUUGCGAAUGUGCCGAAGAUCCAUGUCUCUCGACAACAUGUCCAUUGGGAACGAAAUGUAUUUCAGAAGAGUAUCAACCAUGUGCUAUUAAGGGACGCUGUGGUUUCGCCACUAAAUGUGUCGAUGAUCCGUCGAUUCAUGUAGAUCCAACUCCGAAACCAAAAAAUUGUCCGGAUUACUGGCCAUCAAUGGGUGCUGGUCUGCGUGCAUGUCAAGGUCCGGAUGCCUUGUGUUCUGGUGAAGAAAAAUGCUGUCAAGCGCCAAUGCACAAUUUCGGCCCAUUAGGUACAGCUACAAGCUAUUGUGUUCAGCCAUGUGAAGAUGUAUCAAACUGUACUCUCAGCUGUCCACUUGGAUUGGCUAUCGAUGGAGGAUGUCGAGUUUGUCGCUGCGCUCCUAAUCCCUGCGAUGCGAUGCCAUGUGCUGCAGAUGAAACUUGUCGACUUGUUCCACCUCCAUGUGCUUAUUUUCCUGGACGUCCACCAUGUCCAAUGGCUCCUGUUUGUAUGAAAAAUAACGGCGGUUCUAUAUGGGGACACAUAGUUCCAGGUCGAAAAUAA